AUGCCUUUUGGAUACAUAUUCUUCAGAGCAAUCUUCAACAUAUUUGGGCUUAUCUUGCCUGGAUAUUCCUCAUACAAAGCCAUCAAGGCAGAAGAUGACGAUUUAAUUCUUCAAUGGACAAAGUACUGGAUAGUUAUUUGUGCCGUUGUCGUCAUUGAGAGCAUCACAGACACCUUAAUCUACUGGUUUCCACUGUACUAUGAGGCCAAAACGGUCGCUAUAUUAUGGCUUAGUCUACCGUACACUCAAGGUGCAAUAUUUGUAUAUGCCCACUAUAUCCAACCGUUGCUGGAACGCAAAGAAGAAGAGAUCGAUCUAGGGCUUGCACGGUCACGAAGCAUUAUGAAGCGUGCUUCUUUGGAGUGGAGUCAAAAGGGAGUAUUCAUGUUGAAACAGGCAGUGCUUGCAUCACUAGUUACUCCCAUCAUUGAUCCCGAAUUCGUAAAGCCUAAAUUGGAUAGAAAGCCAUCCAAGAGACUAGAGCGUCAGUUAAGUCGCAUUUCCGACCAAGUUACACCUGAGCAAGGAAUGGAUACCACAAAAUGGAUCAGUAGAGAGCGAGAUCGACUCCAGAAACUCAUCCACGAAUUAGACAAGCUUUCACUUGAUAUGGGAGCAAACCCACCGCCAGUCAUACCACCCAAAGCUAUAAAAUCAACCCAUGCAAGAGCGGCAAGUCUUGAUGUAAGGAAACAAAAGCUGAGCGAUAUUAGCAGGAAACCAAAAAGUGGAGAGAGUGAAUUUAAACCACCUGGAAUGCAACCAUCGAAUCAAUCCAGGAGUGCUAUUUGA